AUGGCGGAGGUGGAAGCCGUGCAGCUGAAGGAGGAAGGGAACAGGCAUUUCCAGCACCAGGACUACAAGGCUGCCACAAAGAGCUACAGCCAGGCCUUGAAGCUGACCAAGGAUAAGGCUCUGCUGGCCACGCUCUAUCGGAACCGGGCAGCCUGCGGCCUGAAAACGGAGAGCUAUGUUCAGGCGGCUUCAGAUGCCUCAAGAGCUAUUGACAUCAACUCCUCGGACAUCAAGGCUCUGUACCGGCGAUGCCAGGCCCUGGAGCACCUGGGGAAGCUGGACCAGGCCUUCAAGGACGUGCAGCGCUGUGCCACCCUUGAGCCACGGAACCAAAACUUCCAGGAGACGCUGAGGAGGCUCAACACCAGCAUCCAAGAGAAGCUCCACGUGCAGUUCUCCACGGACUCCAGGGUACAGAAGAUGUUCGAGAUCCUCCUGGAUGAAAACAGCGAAAGUGACAAGCUGGAGAAGGCUGCCAACAACCUCAUCGUCCUAGGGCGUGAAGAAGCAGGGGCUGAGAUGAUCUUCCAGAACAACGGAGUGGGCCUUCUGCUGCAGCUCCUGGACACCAAGAGGCCUGAGCUGGUGCUGGCUGCCGUGAGGACCCUCUCGGGCAUGUGCAGCGGCCACCGAGCGAGGGCCACCGUGAUUCUCCAUGCAGUCCGGAUAGACAGAAUCUGUGGCCUCAUGGCCGUGGAGAAUGAGGAGAUGUCUCUAGCUGUCUGCAACCUGCUCCAGGCCGUCAUUGAUUCUCUGUCCGGGGAGGACAAACGAGAACAUCGGGGGAAGGAGGAAGCCCUGGUUCUAGACACCAAGAAGGACCUGAAGCAGAUCACCAGCCACCUGCUCGACAUGCUGGUCAGUAAGAAGGUGUCUGGCCAGGGCAGGGAUCAGGCCUUGAACCUGCUCAAUAAGAAUGUCCCCAGGAAGGACCUCGCCAUUCACGACAACUCACGUACCAUCUACGUGGUGGAUAAUGGCCUGAGGAAGAUCCUGAAGGUGGUGGGGCAGGUUCCGGAUCUGCCAUCCUGCCUGCCUCUGACCGACAACACCCGCAUGCUGGCCUCUAUCCUCAUCAACAAGCUCUACGAUGACCUGCGCUGUGACCCUGAGCGCGACCACUUCCGCAAGAUCUGUGAGGAGUACAUCACGGGCAAGUUUGACCCUCAGGACAUGGACAAGAAUGUGAUUGCCAUUCAGACGGUGUCAGGGAUCCUGCAAGGCCCCUUUGACCUAGGCAAUCAGCUGCUGGGGCUGAAAGGUGUGAUGGAGAUGAUGGUAGCCCUGUGUGGCUCGGAGCGCGACGUAGACCAGCUGGUGGCCGUGGAGGCUCUCAUCCACGCGUCCACCAAGCUCAGCCGUGCCACCUUCAUCAUCACCAAUGGCGUGUCCCUGCUCAAAGAGAUCUACAAGACCACCAAAAAUGAGAAGAUCAAGAUCCGCACACUGGUGGGACUCUGUAAACUCGGCUCUGCAGGAGGCACGGACUACGCCCUCAGGCAGUUUGCGGAAGGGUCCACGGAGAAGCUGGCCAAACAGUGUCGCAAGUGGCUGUGCAAUGCGUCCAUAGACACCCAGACCCGGCGAUGGGCCGUGGAGGGUCUGGCCUACCUCACGCUGGAUGCCGACGUCAAAGACGACUUUGUCCAGGACAUCCCCGCCCUGCAGGCCAUGUUUGAGCUGGCCAAGGCAAGCAUGACCUCUGACAAGACCGUCCUGUACUCCGUGGCAACCACCCUGGUGAACUGCACCAACAGCUACGAUGUCAAGGAGGUCAUCCCCGAGCUGGUGCAGCUUGCCAAGUUCUCCAAGCAGCACGUGCCCGAGGAGCACCCUAAGGACAAGAAGGACUUCAUAGAUAUUCGUGUGAAGCGGCUUCUGAAGGCUGGGGUCACUUCCGCGCUGGCCUGCAUGGUGAAAGCGGACAGUGCCAUCCUCACCGACCAGACCAAAGAGCUGCUGGCCAGGGUAUUCCUGGCCCUCUGUGAUAACCCCAAAGACCGAGGAACCAUUGUGGCUCAAGGCGGUGGCAAGGCGCUGAUCCCCCUGGCCUUGGAGGGCACAGAUGUGGGCAAGGUGAAGGCAGCCCAUGCUCUGGCCAAGAUCGCCGCCGUCUCUAAUCCAGACAUUGCCUUCCCGGGGGAACGGGUGUAUGAAGUGGUCCGGCCCCUCGUGAGUCUCCUGGACACACAGAGGGAUGGGCUCCAGAACUACGAGGCUCUCCUGGGCCUCACCAAUCUGUCUGGGCGGAGUGACAAACUCCGACAGAAGAUUUUUAAGGAGAGGGCCUUGCCAGACAUUGAAAACUACAUGUUCGAGAAUCAUGACCAGCUGCGGCAGGCGGCCACAGAAUGCAUGUGCAACAUGGUGGUGAACAAGGAGGUACAGGAGAGGUUCCUGGCUGAUGGGAAUGACCGGCUGAAGCUGAUAGUGCUGCUCUGCGGGGAGGACGACGACAAGUUGCAGAACGCAGCCGCAGGGGCACUGGCCAUGCUGACGGCAACUCAUAAGAAACUGUGCCUCAAGAUGACCCAAGUGACAACGCAGUGGUUGGAGAUCCUGCAGCGACUUUGCCUGCAUGACCGGCUGUCAGUCCAGCACCGGGGCCUGGUCAUUGCCUACAACCUGCUGGCCGCUGACGCUGAGCUGGCCAAGAAGCUGGUGGAGAGUGAGCUGCUGGAGAUCCUGACUGUCGUGGGCAAACAAGAGCCAGAUGAGAAGAAGGCGGCAGUGGUGCAGACAGCCCGGGAAUGCCUCAUCAAAUGCAUGGAUUAUGGCUUCAUUAAACCAGUGUCUUAGACAGGGGCCCACAGGACUGCUGGGGCUGGUCCUGUAUUCUGAAGAGUCCUAAGCCGGGAACUCAAGGGGUAUCAUUUCAGCUGGGGAUCUUAGCAGUGACCAUGAAGUCUCCAUAUAAAAACCAAGACUUGAGUGUUCCCUGAGUUGUCGACCUUCCCCUUUGCUGUAGAAAAUUCUGGAUGUUUCAUUGGCUCUCUUGCUGUCUCCUUACAACUAUCAGGUUGCAGAAAGUCCUAGAAUAAUUUUCAUCUAUGAUUCGGAAGACAAGUUGGAUAAUUCUUUCUGUACCCAUUCCAAAGGCCAGGAUAAUGGGCUGAAUUCUUUAUAUUUGGGGAAAUGGGUUGUGUGGUAAGGUAGGACCUAACAGGUGUGUGAAUAGAAAGGUUAGUGCUACCACAUCUGGAUGCUGAACUGUGCUGGUUUUUGUAGAGAGAAAACACCUACGUGGUCGUUCCCUAAAUGGAAGUAACCCCAAUGUCCAUAGAAAAUGGAUACGUUGGCAUUAAUGAAAUUGUGAUUUCCCCCAGGGAAUGGCAGGCAUCUGGCCUCGGCGUGGUUAGGAAACAUAAGGUUUCUGGGCAGGAGAGCGGGCAGCGGUGAAAUGAAUUCUGUACACCUAGGUUGCAAGGCAGGUUGGCAGGAGGGUGCCGGAGGGAGCAGCAGUCGGAGCCGGGGUUGGCCUCCACCCCCGGAGCUCCCACAAUGUGUGUAGUCUGCAGGAGGUGCGGCCAAUCAGCUCUGCUUGCAGCCCGCUCCUGAGCCCUAUCCGCCUUUGCCUUCCUGGUCCUGCUGGGGUCCUGGCAGGGCGCCUGGCACCGAGUCUCAUACCACAUGAGUGUCCAGGAAAUACUUGCUCAUUUUUGUUUUCCCUGAACCCCAGCACCAGCGCCUUUCACCAUCUAUCAAUGAAUCCCAGCUCCCUGGAGGGGCUAGGAAACUCUGCCUUUGACACAUCUGCUUUAAGAAUUUAAGGGAUAAGGGACACCUGGGUGGCUCAGUUGG